UUGGAGAGAUGAAUUCAUAAUUGGCAAUGGGAAGUGCAGAGAUGGCAGAGGCAGCGGGAUAUCAGGGAGAUCAAACAUUUUUGUAGCGCAGAGCGUGGCGUUGCAAUGCUGGAGCUUCAAUCCACAGACUCUGAUUUCGAUCAAACCCGAUUUCUCUGACCCUUUUCUCUUUCCUUUUAUGGGGAGUGGAACUCUCGUGGACGGUGUUCGUCGCUGGUUUCAACGUCGCACUUCGUCGUCUUCUUCUUCUGAUCCUACUUCUGAUUCUAAUCUCAGCUAUCCUUAUCAUGAUAAGCUCGAUCAUGUUGUUAAUGGUGACCAAUUGGUGACUAGCGAUUUGCGCGCCCAAUCGACUAUUGGUCCCAAACGGAAACAAACCCAGCGUGGAGGAGAAGGGAUUCUCGAGCAAUUACCUGAGGAGGAGGACCUUGAUUACUCUGCCUUGAAGCUCAUCAAAGUUCCUAAGCGGACCAAUCACUUCAGAGCUCCGCUUCCUCCUCCUCCUCCUCCUCCUCCUGCUUUAAUGGACUCCCACAAGAAGGGUGGGUUGGAAACAGAGUUUUUCACAGAGUAUGGAGAGGCCAGCAGAUAUCAGGUUCAAGAAAUAAUUGGUAAGGGAAGCUAUGGGGUAGUCGGUUCGGCCAUUGAUACGCAUACUGAUGAGAAGGUCGCAAUUAAGAAAAUUAAUGACGUUUUCGAGCAUGUUUCUGAUGCCACAAGAAUUUUAAGAGAAAUUAAACUCCUGCGGUUGCUCCGUCAUCCUGAUAUAGUAGAAAUAAAGCACAUUAUGCUUCCUCCUUCACGGAGAGAAUUCAGAGAUAUUUAUGUUGUUUUUGAAUUGAUGGAAUCUGAUCUUCACCAAGUAAUUAAGGCCAACGAUGAUCUCUCUCCUGAGCACCAUCAGUUUUUCUUGUACCAGCUUCUUCGUGGUCUGAAAUAUAUACAUACAGCAAAUGUGUUUCAUCGUGAUUUAAAGCCCAAAAACAUUUUAGCUAAUGCUGACUGCAAACUGAAAAUAUGUGAUUUUGGACUUGCUCGUGUAUCGUUUAAUGAUGCUCCAUCUGCUAUUUUCUGGACUGACUAUGUUGCAACUCGGUGGUAUCGUGCUCAUGAACUUUGUGGCUCUUUUUUCUCAAAAUACACUCCUGCAAUUGAUAUGUGGAGCAUUGGAUGCAUAUUUGCGGAAAUGCUCACUGGGAAGCCACUGUUCCCUGGGAAAAAUGUGGUGCACCAACUGGAUCUGAUGGUUGAUGUGCUUGGCACGCCUUCUGCCGAGUCCAUUGCCAAGAUUCGAAAUGAAAAGGCAAGAAGAUACAUUAGUAAUAUGAGGAGAAAGCAGCCUGUUUCUCUCACACAAAAGUUCCCCAAUGCCGAUCCCUUGGCUCUUCGCUUGCUUAAACGUCUCCUUGCAUUUGAUCCCAAAGACCGUCCCACAGCUGAAGAGGCAUUAGCUGAUCCUUAUUUUCAUGGUUUGGCCAACGUGGAUCGCGAACCAUCAACACAACCAAUUUCAAAACUCGAGUUCGAAUUUGAGAGAAGAAAGUUGACAAAAGAGGAUGUUAGAGAAUUAAUUUAUCGAGAGAUCUUGGAGUAUCAUCCUCAAAUGCUACAGGAAUAUCUCCGCAGUGGAGAACAAACUAGUUUCAUGUACCCAAGCGGUGUCGAUCGCUUCAAACGCCAGUUUGCACAUCUAGAGGAACAUUAUGGAAAGGGCGAAAGAAGUACUCCACUUCAAAGAAAGCAUGCUUCAUUGCCCAGAGAAAGGGUUUGUGCACCAAAAGAAGAGGUCGAACAACACAAUGAUUUAGAAGGAAGAAAUGGUGCACAUGUUGCUACAUCUCUUCAGAGUCCCCCAAGGUCGACAGGGGAUACUUCGGAACAUGCAAACGGUUACGAACAAAAUGGACCAAACAAGGCAAAUUACAGUGCUCGUAGCUUGUUGAAGAGUGCCAGCAUUAGUGCCUCUAAAUGUAUAGUUGUUAAACCAAGAAACGACCUAGAGGAGGAACCGAUUAUGGAGAUGAACGACGAGGCAGUUGAUGGAUUGUCUCAAAAGGUUUCAGCAUUGCAUGCUUGAUAUUUCAUACUACCUUGUAAGAUCCCUUGAAAGCGUGGCACAAAGCGACGACGGGGCUGCUCGUUUUGCAUAUAUUUUCCGAAAAGGACAUGUUGGCUACAAGGCAGAGUGUGUAGCAAAGUCUCCCAAGUCAGGUAGGUGAUGCUAACUUACAGUAGGCUUUCCUCCCAUUAUUUCAUUACAAUUUUUGUAUUACUGAGAAAAAGAAGAACAUGGUUCCAUGUAGUUUUUAUUUAUUUGUAUUUUGAAGGGCCAAUUUCAGGUUGUUACCUCGUGUAGCAUGAACACCACCAGGCAUUGGAUUUAUAUAUCACAAAUCCUUGUUUGGCUUAGAUCACUACUAUUCACAGGCUUGUAACUCCAUUGAUGAUGAAUAUUGAGAAGUUUUCUGGUUAUGUAUGUUAUUAAUAUGAACCAACAAAUUACUGAGCAUCACAUUC